AGGUGCGUAAUUUUUUCUUCACGCGUUAAUUCAUUUUCCCUCCCAAGUUCCAACCAUUCUCUCUUGACCGUCGUAACCAAGAAAAGCAACAGCAGAUAGAGAGAGAGAGAGAGAGAGAGAACAAUCGAGCAGGAAACAAGACAGAGUUUAGAAUCGAGUUUUGAGGAUCAAGGAGGAAGAAUCGGUGGUUUUAGAGAGAGGAGUUUGAAGCUGGUGGAGCUGUAGAGUGAUUGAAAGUGGCUGAGGAAGUGAAGGGAAGUGAAGGAAAGUGCAAGAAAGAGAGAUUGAAGAAGAGGGAUGAAACACAUUUUCAAGAAGUUUCAUAUAGGAAGCAAUCACGAGCCGAAUCGGUCCAACGAGAAUCCGUCGCCUGUAGCAGCAGCGUCGUCUUCACCAUGUGUUUCUGAUAAUCGUCCUGCAACUGCUCUGGGUCAGACUUCCGGUAACUCUCCCCCCAGUCCUUCAUCGUCGCCGUCGCUGGCAACAACUUCUCCAGGGGGUGGAAGUGUAACCCAGGUUUCGGUGCCCAAUCGGUCUGAUUACUUUUCUUCAGAGGAGGAGUUUCAGGUUCAGCUUGCCCUAGCUAUUAGCGCAUCGAAUUCGGACUUCCGGGAUGAUCCGGAGAAGGAUCAAAUUCGAGCUGCGACACUUUUGAGCUUGGGAAAUCAUCGGAUUGAUUCUACUUCCAGGGACCAGGGAGAUGCUGCCGAGGUGCUCUCGAGACAAUAUUGGGAAUACAAUCUGCUUGACUAUGAAGAAAAAGUGGCCAAUGGGUUUUAUGAUGUCCUUUCUACGGAUUCAGCAGUCCAAGGAAAAAUUCCAUCGCUAUCUGAUAUUGAAGCAAGCUUUGGUAGUUCUGGCUUUGAAGUUGUGAUGGUCAAUAUGACUGUUGAUCCUGCACUAGAAGAGCUAGUGCAAAUUGCUCAAUGUAUUGCAGAUUGCCCUGGGACUGAGGUCAGGGUUUUGGUUCAGAGGCUUGCCGAGCUUGUUAUGGGACAUAUGGGGGGACCUGUAAAGGACCCCCAUUUUAUGCUAGCCAGGUGGAUGGAAAGAAGCACAGAGUUAAGGACUUCUCUUCACACCAGUGUAUUGCCUAUCGGUUCCAUUAAUAUUGGCCUCUCAAGACAUCGUGCAUUGCUUUUCAAGGUGUUAGCUGACAGUAUCAAGAUGCCUUGUAGGCUUGUUAAAGGUAGUCACUAUACUGGUGUUGAAGAAGAUGCUGUCAACAUUAUAAAAUUGGAGGAUGAAAGGGAGUUUUUGGUUGAUCUAAUGGGAGCUCCUGGAACACUUCUACCAGCAGACACUGUUAAUGCAAAGGACACUACUAACUUUAAGCCUUACAACCCUAAAGUAAGCAGAAUUCCUUCUCUUCAUCACUCCAAUGAUGUUGGAAUUUCUUCUGCGAGGCCAACAUUGGGACAUGAGGAAGGCAGCAGUCAGAACUUUGGAGCAGAGGCCAUCUCACUGAUUGAUGGGAAACUGAGCUAUGGAAGGACAGAGUCUGUGCCAUCAAGCUCAGGUACUGGGACUUCUCGACACAAAGGGGCCCAUUUUGGUGACGGUAAUGUUCGACUGAAUGUCAAUGUAGUUCCAUUUGGUCAAAGUUCCGAGGAUUCCAAAAAUCUUUUUGCCGAUCUUAAUCCUUUCCAAAUAAGAGGAACUGGAAAAAGUUUCAUGCCUAACAAGUUCUCAGAUAAUAAAAGUGAGGAGCUCCAGAAACCUACUAUUGGGCAUCCUCCUGUACCAUUAUGGAAAAAUCGGGUUGCUUUUAAUGCAGUUCCCAAUAAAAAUGAGUAUGAUUAUAUGGAGGGCCGUUUUCCAAGAAUUAGCCGUGCACCUAAUGAUCACAAUAUGGCAUUAUCUUCUUCCAACUCGACUGUCUCUGAAAAUGUUAAACCUGGAGGUUCAGGAACAUCUAAUGAUUUGAUUGCAUCGGUUAGAAGUGCUGAAGUUGGAAGUUCUUCAUCAAAUAUGAACACACAGCUGGCAUCUUCAAUGAUUGAGCCUAAUAUUUUGCCCUUGAUUGACGAACAGAACAGAAAGUCCAAUGGAGAACGUUCUGGAAAUACAGACAUGGAGGACGAAAAGGUAGAUGCUGUUGAUGGACGAGACAAUUUAAUCAGAUUUGAUAACCGUAGAAAGUUCACAUACGAUAGAUCUGUUGGAACCAAUUUGAUAUUGAAGGAUCCGGGAAGUCCUAGCCCGUUGGUCAAUCCAAGUUCAAAUAGGUUUGAGCAAGUUUAUGACGAUGUGGACGUAGGUCAAUGUGAAAUCCAAUGGGAGGACCUCGUUAUUGGUGAAAGGAUCGGACUAGGUUCAUAUGGAGAAGUCUACCAUGCUGAUUGGAAUGACACCGAGGUUGCUGUGAAGAAGUUCUUAGACCAGGAUUUUUCUGGUGCUGCUUUAGCUGAGUUCAAAAGAGAAGUAUUGAUAAUGCGGCAGCUGCGUCAUCCGAACAUUGUUCUUUUUAUGGGUGCUGUCACUCGUCCUCCCAACCUUUCCAUUGUUACUGAGUUUCUUCCGAGAGGAAGCUUGUACCGGAUCAUUCACCGUCCAAAUUGUCAAAUUGAUGAAAAGCGCAGAAUAAAAAUGGCCCUGGAUGUGGCAAGGGGCAUGAAUUGCUUGCAUACAAGUAAUCCAACAAUUGUUCACCGAGAUCUGAAGUCACCAAAUCUUUUGGUUGAUAAGAACUGGAAUGUGAAGGUGUCAGAUUUUGGGUUGUCACGCCUAAAGCACAAUACAUUUUUAUCAUCCAAAUCAACUGGAGGAACGCCUGAGUGGAUGGCACCAGAAGUUCUUCGGAAUGAGCCUUCAAAUGAGAAGUGCGAUGUUUAUAGCUUUGGAAUCAUUCUAUGGGAACUUGCUACAUUGAGACUGCCUUGGAGUGGGAUGAAUCCUAUGCAAGUUGUUGGUGCUGUAGGUUUCCGUAAUCUACGACUCGAAAUACCCAAGGAAGUGGAUCCCACGGUUGCUAGAAUAAUCAGGGAAUGCUGGCAAACUGAUCCAAACCUGCGCCCCUCAUUCUCACAAUUAGCCAACAUUCUGAAGCCACUGCAGCGGCUCGUCCUGCCACCACAUUCGGACCAGCCAAGUUCGUCAGUACUGCAAGAGAUCUCUGUAAAUUCUACACCUUAGAUUGAUAUGGCUCAUUUUUCUCAAGUGUGAAUAAGGAAACUUCUUUUUGCUUUUUCCCUUGAGUGGGGCUGUAUUGUAUAUUUUUGAAAUGUAAAAACAAAGUAUUUAAAGAAAAGAAAAAGAAGAAAAAAAGGUCGUAGAGGUACAUAACAUGGAUAAAAAUGUAACGCUGUUGCUACAAAAAGACGGUAGCUCCAUAUUUUGUUUUUGUACAGUCGCCUGCUAUUGGUUUGUGCUCAAGAAAUGAGGCUUUGUUCUCUUUCACCCUUCAAUAAUGAACAUGAAUCGAAUGGAACUUUUUGUUUUGCAA